GUUCCCGGUUGCCAUGGGGAGGCGGGGAGGGCGGUGCCGCCGCCGCUGCGCAGGGAGCAGCUGCUCCCUGACACAUCCCCCCGCUGCCAUAUUGUGUCCGCGCUGCCGGCCGCACGGCUUCAUGACCGCGACCGAUAAAGCUAAAUGGGUCCAGUCACUGGAAUGACUCCGGAUAAGAAAGCUGAAACGCCAGGAACAGAAAAAGCUGCAGGACUACGGCAGUGUCAUGGGAUGGGAAGCUUGCCCGAUGCAGGUGAUGCCGGCAGGCCAAAGGCCACUGUGGUGGACAGAGAUUCAGCAGAUGACGAGCUCACAAACUUGAACUGGCUGCAUGAAAGUACUAACCUUCUAACAAACUUCAGCCUUGGAAGUGAAGGUCUUCCGAUCGUUAGCCCCUUGUAUGACAUUGAGGGCGACAGCGUGCCAUCCUUCUCACCGUCCUGCUACCAGAACCCCGAAAAGACAUCAUCCACUUCCAAACCCCCUUACUCUUUCAGCCUUCUCAUUUACAUGGCAAUCGAGCAUUCCCCCAACAAGAGCUUGCCAGUCAAAGAAAUCUACAGCUGGAUCCUGGAGCGCUUCCCCUACUUUGCCACGGCACCCACCGGCUGGAAGAACUCGGUCCGACACAACCUCUCCUUGAACAAGUGUUUCCGGAAAGUGGAGAGAAGCCAUGGCAAGGUGAAUGGAAAAGGUUCGUUAUGGUGUGUUGACCCAGAAUAUAAACCUAUUCUUGUGCAAGCACUGAAAAAGCAGCCUUUUCCCUCAGCACUUGCGUUUUAUACUCCACCAGCAUCACCAUCAAGUAGGUCAGCAUCCCCUCACUAUCUCACUUCAGUCCUUCAGCAGAAUCAUGGCCGAUCUCUCAAAGAAUCCGACAUUGAUGCUGCUACUGCAAUGAUGCUGUUAAAUACUUCCAUUCAACAAGGGAUGUUGGACUGUGAGAAACCUCAGCCUCUGAAGGCACCUAAGAAGAGGAGUUAUGGCAGCGCAUUCAAUCCUCCCAGUUCCAUAAAUUUGCAAGAAAAUGAUUCUGCAGCCAACAAUAUCGAUCCGAAGGAGGAUCACAACUACAGUGCCAGCAGCAUGGGUUCCCAGCGCUGUGCAUCUCGGUCCAGCGUGUCUUCCUUGUCCUCCCUUGAUGAGGUGUAUGAAUUUAUCUCCAAGACCAGCCAUGACGGAAGCGAUGGCAGCGAAGGAUUUCACAGCGAAGUGGAUACAGAUGUUGACUAUGAAGAUGAUCCUCUUGGAGACAGUGGCUAUGCAUCACAACCUUGUGUAGAUACCUCUGAGGGAUGUCAGCCGAACAAAGCGUUUGAGGAGUUACGUCAAGAAAUCGAUGAGGAAUUGAAAGAAGCGGCAGGGUCUCUGCUCCACCUUGCUGGCAUCCAAACGUGUUUGAGUUCCUUAAUAAGUACUGCAAAGACCCACUGUCACAAGCAAAGGAAAAAAUAGUAUGUUUGUCAGUGUUGAAUAUAUACAUAUAUUUUUUUUAAUUGUGGCAAUACUCUUCUACUUUUACCCUUCACAAGGGAGAUCAAAGCCAUAAGAGGACUCAUUACUUUUUUAUUUUUGGCGCUAACUAUAAUUUAGCCAUUUAUUUUUAAAUCACUGCCUAAAAAAGAAAAAUAAUCUUCUCAGAUUAGAAGAGAUGCAUGACUUGUGAAAACCUGAAAGCAUACUCCUUAAUGAUCUCUUUUAUUUUUUUUUUUUCUUUUUAAUAGUUUAUUUUUUUUUCUAGAGAUACGUUUAUUCAGAUGCACAUUGUGGAUCGUAUUUACGUCUCUGCUGGCCCCAUCUGCAGAGGAGACUCUUGCCCUGUCUAAGGGCUCUGACUUCCAUGUAAAGGAUUAAAAAGGAGGAGAAAAAAGAAAAGGGGGGAAGAAAAGGGUUCUGGCCUUGCUUGCCUCCUCCCACUCAUCCUCUCUUCGCUCUUCUGAGACAGGUCCUGUGGAAGCGCUGGUGAAGCAGCUCUGAGUGGCUGCAGCUCUCAGCCCAUCUGACACAGCAGCAGAAAACCUGUAGCACUCCAGGAGCUGCUUUCAGCAAGAUGCGAAGUGCUGCCUGAAGAGUAGGGAUUGGGGUUAGCUGAGGUGGGUACCACCCACAGCUUUCUCUUUUUAACUCCUUCCCCCAAAUCUGCUGUGUGCAGGUCAGAUCCCUGAAGGAAAUCUUUUUUUUUUUUCCUUUUUUUUCCCAUCUUGAGACAAAUUGUCUUUUUUUUUUUGGGUGGUGUGUGUCCUUUUCAUGCAGAUGCACAACGUGCAUACACGCACCUUGGAUGUAGCCAACAGUGAAACUUGCCAAGUUUGAUGUUGUCCUUGUGUUAUCUUUGUGUUAUGACUACUGUUGAACACGUAGUAGCUGUGCAGUCCUGCAACAUCUGCCCUUCUGCCCCACUACACCAAUUCAGGGGAAGAAAGGACCCAACAAUUUGAUGGUGCUGACAACAUGGACGAGGUGGAGGCUUUAAGUGGCCAAGGUGAUGAAUGAUGGCUGAAAAGGGAACAUCUUACCCCAUCAUCUGAGAGACAGAAUAGAAUAGCUUCCUUUUGGAUCAGUGAACCCUAAAUUGCUUUGGGGGUUUUUGCCCCUUCCACCCAUCGCUCGGGUUUCUGUGGGUGUGGUUUUUUAUUUUUGGUUGGGUUUUUGGUUUGGUUUGUUUUUUUUGGUCACCUGGGCUGUCCAUACCUUUUGUUUCUCAUCACUGUGCCUUGUGCUUUGUGAGUCCUCUGUCAGCCUCCUGCCACAUAGAGGGCAUCUAGCGAGCAAGGCUUCAGCCCAUGGAUGUGCAUCGGAGCUCAGGAGGACCUCUCUGUUCUGGGAAGAAACUCCUUCACAAUUCAUUUUUGCAAUAAAAUAAUCUCUUGGUAGUUCCCAGACAUCCUUUGGCCAAAAAUGUUUUAGUGGUAUGGUGACGUUUUUUCCCCUAUUGUGUUUUGUUUGUUAUUGGUGGUUGUUUGUUUGUUUUUAAUCUUUUAAAAUCAGUGGUAAUUGCUUACAUCUUCUUAGAUUUUUUUAUUUUUUUUUUUUAAUUUUCUGAUCAAAAAUGGCUAAGCAGUUCUGUUGGACUGGGUUUUAACAGUACUGUAAGUAUAAGGAUGCCUUAAGUAUGUUGCAGAAUCUUAUACAGCUAUCAAAGGUCAUCUUUUCCUGUUCCCAAAAGGUAGCAGGAUGUGCCAUAGAUGUUCUCCCUAGCACGUGAAGCUGGUGCUUCCGGCAGGCGUUGGGCUAGCUGGUUGAAAAUUAGGAGCAGAGCCACCUAGGAAACCAAUACCCACUGUCUGGGUUGUUGAAAAACAGUGUUGGAUCCAGCCAAAAGUUAACCUUUCCCUAAUGGGGCAUUUUUUCUGGCUAUUUGGAGGCCUUUCUUAGAUCAGUGUGGUGGUUUGUUUUGUUUUGUUUUUAAAUUAUUUGUCAGUCUCUUCACGAAUACUGCCAUAAACCGUCUACCAAUGCAUGAACACAGCCGUGCUGCUGAAGGUCUGUUGCUCUGAGGGCCUGUCCCAGUGCCUCUUGAAGACAACGCUGGUGCUCCCGCUGACUCAAUGGCUGUUGGAUCAAGCCUGAAGUAUUUCAGGUUCUUUGCGUUUUGGAAUUUAAAGCCAAUAUUAUUGUUUUUGAAAGCACAAACACUAGGAAAAAAAAAAAGAGUUGCAUUUUUUUGUUUUUCAAUUACUUCAGUUUUAAGAAUGUUUUAUUUCUUGAAAGGGAAGAAAAAUACUCUGCUGCAUUCCUGCUUUGUGUGAACACCCGUUAGCCUACACCUGCAACAGGGCAACGUGUGUGCAGACGUGUGUGUCUUCUGGAUAUCACAAGUUGUGCAUUAGCCGAUUAGAUCUGAUAUCACAUGUGUUACUGAUGGAAAGUAGGGAUAAAACUCGCUAUCUAAAGGAAAAAUGAAGUACCAACGCAGCGGUUCUUAGGAUUUGGGGGUGUGGAGAUGUGAAUGCUUGGUGGAACUCAAGGGUUGGCUUUUGUACCUUGAUGGAAAACUGCAAAGGAUUUGUUGAUUUUAGUGUUGAUGGGAAAACAAGGAUUCAGGUACAGAGGAAUGGGGUGAGCCGUGCGGGAUGCUGCUGGGCGCUGCGGUCCCAGCCGCACGCUGGUGAAGAGGGGUGCUGCCUGGCUCCUGCUGAAGGUGGUUGCAGCUUUUCUGUAGCUUCCAGUGAAAGCCGGAUCAAGGGCCAAGUACUCUGGAAACUGCGGUUGUAUUCAGCUCCAUGCUUUGGUUUGGUUCUGAAUUACUUGCUUGCCCCAGAUAAAAUUUAAGAAGGUUAAUACUUACUGGUAGUGUGGCUGUGCUACUGUUAACCUUGAAGCUGGUGAUAAUGACUUCAGCAUUUCUGAAGGGAUGGGGUUGGGAUGCUAACAGUGUGUUUAAUUACCAUAUGAAACAAGCAAUAAAACCAUACUAAUCAGAAGUGUGCAGUGAAAGCUGCAUCCAACCUUACGGCGCUCAGCCUGGGAGGACUGGAACCGUGGAAGGGGGAAGUGGAGCCACGCUCUCCACGCUUUGCUGCCUUCCCUGUCCCAUUGCGAAGGAGAAGGCAGCUGAUCCGUGCUCCUGACCCGUUCCACCACGUUGUCCCAUGCCUCUGCCCGUGCGGUUUGGGAGGCAAAGGCUUCCAGCUCAGUUUUAGAGCUCCCCUGGUAGUGGGAGAAGAGCUGCCCUUCCUUUCGCUUACGUACCUAGCAUUGGGUUUGGGUUGUUUUGCCACCUCAGUUAGAGACCCUGGUGUAUAUAGUAUAAAUGGAAUAUAAUUAAAAGUUAUUUUGAUUGUUGGGUUUUGGUUUUUUGUUCAGUUUUUGUUUUUUAAGUGACAUAUGUAAAACGUUCAUGCCAACAGUUGACUCAGAUAUAUUUUGGCAAGAAAAGUAUUAAUGACCACAUUCAGUUCUUUAAAUACAGUGAAGAAGUGUAUGAGACUCGUGUACAAGGGAGGCUGCUCUGUUCAGAUAAAUCUGAUGUGAGUACUGUACGAACCUGUAUUGGCCUUUCAGAUUCCCAUACUAAAUUACUGCUUUUGUAAAGGUCACAUCAAUUGUUUUACAAUCCGACUGUAAAGUCGAAGUUGUAGGGUUUGCAACUUUUCAUCAGCCUGAAAGUAAAUACAAGCUUUAGUUAAAGUACACUCGUACACAUUAAUAAUGGUGUAGUCAAAAUAUUUAUUGAAAAGGUAGAAUAUUUUAAAUGUUGCACCUGCCAUUAUAUCUUAAAGCACAUUCUUCACACCUAACUGCCAGUGCCAUUAUCAAGUCUGUUUUAUAAAUGUACAUUUCUUCAAACUAAAAAGUGCAUAAUUAAAAGUAUUAUGUUACUGCCAUAUAGUGAUAUAAAACAUUUUAUAAUUGCCAAUUCAUUGUAACUAUUAUUUAUUUAAAAGUGAAUUGUAAGAAUGCUUUCUGAUCAAAUGAACCAGAGUUGUUUUUAAACCGUUCCCGUUAGCUUGUUUCUAAUGUAGCAUAAGCAAUGUCCUUGGGUUUGUUUAGAAUAAUUUUGCCAGUAGGUGACCAAUUCUAACCCUUUUUCCUCCAGUUUAGUCCUUUACCCCUUUUAAAGACGAUUUACAGAAGUUUAGUUUUUUGUAUGCUAAUCUCUGUUAAUUAAAAUGUUUAUAAAGUUUAUUUUUACCAAAGAGAUGCAAUUCAUUAUGACAAAAUGUUGCAGAAUAAAACUUUGUUUUAUAACAUUUGUGACUUUUCUGCCCACAUUUUUCAUUCAGAUGAUCAAAGGGGCUUUUCUAAAAUAAACAGCAUUGCAAACAAGAAA